AUGGCAAGCCGACGCGAUUCAAUCGCUCUGUGGAAGAAGAAAGAGGUGUUCGAUUGGGUCAACUCAGCAGGGAACGGUAUUCCAAGCCGAGCGGUGUCGCACUUUAGAAGUUGUGGCUGGGAGCUCGAUCCAGGAACUGUGAGGCGCUGGUGGCGCAAUUGCGAAGACAUUUGGGCAGCUAAACCUUACCAGCAACGGCUUUCCGGUGGUGGCCGCAAGAAAGCUCUCGGGGAGCUGGAAGAUCUACUUCUUGAAGCGAUCGCCAGCUUCAACUUCACACACACCGUUUGGGUGGACGAGACUGCAGUGUACUUUGAAGACGCUCGUGAGCAGACUGUCCAGAUUCGCGGUAGCCGUCACGUUGUUGUGAAGUCGACCGGAUUUGCGUCUAUGCGCGUUACGGCAGUUCUAGCCAUCACUGCAACGGGUGUAAAGCUACCAUCGCUUGUUAUCUGGAAGCAUAUAAAUGGAUCCCGCAAGAUUUCAAAGGUUGGAGGCACAAAAGUAGCCUAUCAGCCCAAAGCCUGGGUUGAUUCAAAGCUACUCUGCAAUUGGAUCGACACAGUGUUUCCGCGUGUGUUGCAAGCCGAUGGCAAGGCUCUUGUAUGGGAUAGCAUGAGGGUGCAUAUUUCCAAGAAAGUCAAAACCAAGUCACCAUCGGCUGUAUCUCGCAACGAGACACGAUCACUGCAGCAUGUUGUCGGGGUAGCGGAUCGGGCUCGCUGCGUAGCUUGGAUGGAGGACAACGCUGUCGAGGAUGGAGAGAAGGGUCUCUACGGUCGUACGGUCGACCAGUUCCCGUCCCUCUUCUGGGCCACCGACCGCCGCGUCAACCUUAACAAGGCGCGAGACUGGUGGGCGAAGCGCAAGCUGCACUGGACGACGGCCAGUAUUGUAGGCGACAUUGAACAUUGGGCCAGAAUCUAG